AUGCCCAUCGCACUCCCCGAGCACGAGGGAGAGGAAGCAAAAACUAAAGCACUACCCUGGGAAAUGCCCAAAAUCUUGAUCGAUGGUGGCAGUUCUGUUGAAAUCUUAUUCUAUAAAACGUUCAAACAAAUGGGCCUCAAAGACGAGUGCCUCAAACCCUCGACCUACAACAUAUUUGGCUUCAACGGGUCAUCAACCCGCCCAAGAGGAGAGAUAACAUUAGAAAUUCAGGUUGGAAGAAUCCUUAUCCUAACCACUUUCUACUUAGUAGAUGUACUAUCCCCCUACACAGCCAUUGUCGGACGAUCCUGGGUCCACGGAAUCAAAGGAGUGGCCUCAACUUACCAUCAAAGAGUAAGAUUUCCUACGCCUGAUGAAGUGGCAGAAAUUAUUGGAGACUCUGGCGAAGCAAAGUAUUGUUACAAGAUGGACGUCCAAAACGGCGAGAACAAAGUAAAAACACAGGCGAGGAGGGCUAGAGAUAUUGAUAACUCGAGUGAAGCCCGCGACUACACUACAACAAGCGAUGCACCAACACUCUUGUACGAUAAUUCGACUGAAGCCAAGCUGAGAGAGUUGGAGGAGAAGAUAAGGAAGCUGUCAGGAACCGGCGAAGAAGACAAGCUCGCCGAGGUUAUAAGCGAGGCCGAGAGGACCCCUUUCACCCAAGAGCUAGAACUAAGGGCCUUCCCACCUAAGUGA